AUGGAAGACGGUGCGUCACCACCUAUACGUAUACCUCAAGAGGGAGAAGGAGGAGGGGAAGAGAGGCAAUCAGAGAAGGCGUAUACCCCAAACAUGCAGAUCACUGCAUAUUAUCAUCAAGAAGAAGAAAAAGGAGAAAAUGAAAAAACUGAAAAAGUAAAAGAAUUGUGGAAAGAAGAUUUAUGUGUGGCACCUGGUGAGUUUGUUUUAUUGUUAUGUUUGGUGCGUCCACUGGAGUCCUCUAUCUCUGCAGAUAUCUGUGGAUCUUCAGAUUGGCAACACGCCUCUACAGUUGGACUCGGACCAUUUCUCUUUCUCUAUGCCCAACGUGUAAGGGAUGUAGACGGUCAUUGUGCCUUUACAAUUAAACCAAUGAUGGACACACCACUAUUACCAACAGUUUUACAUCGUCUAAUGGUAUCAUGGACGAAUAAUAAUAAUAAUAAUAAUAAUAAUAAUAAUAAUAAUAACACGAUAUCAUCAUCAUUGUCGUCGUCGUCGUCGUCAUUGGUACAAUUGCAGUGUGUACAGAUGGUGUCAUUGCGGCAGAAAGAGAAGGAUGAGUCUCUCUUUUCUCCCUCCACAGAGAAGGAUACGUCUGUGAUGGGAUCUGUAUUGCUUGUGCGAAGAGAUGGUGUGAUGUUUACACGUUCAUGUGGUCUUCCUACAUUGAGUAUGCAUGUACGUGGGCAAAAAAGCGAGUUUUAUGAAAAAGAAGUGGGAGAUGCAGAGAAGAGUGAAGUUCCUAUGGAUGUAAAGAGACUUCUACUGAUGUUUCUCCGAGAUGUGUCCAGAUGGAAUGUCAAUAUCCUCCAGCACUGUGGUGUUUUGGUAAAUGGACGCCUUACCUGCCAUUGUGUGAGUAAGCACGAAGAAGAAAAAGAAGAACAACAAAAACAAGUUGAUUUGAUUGUACGGGCCGUGUGUUAUCUACAUCAGAAAUAUCAAGAAAAAGAAGAAAAGGGAGAAGAAAAAGAAGGAGCUGAAAUAAAUUUCACUCAGAUAUUUCUUGGAUGGGCACAGGAAAUGUAUAACUCCCUACUGACAUCCUCAUCUUAUCAUCAUCUUCUUCUUUCCCGUGACAAAACAAACUCAAAUACCGUGGAGAAAAGGGAAACAAAUGUCAAUAUGAAUACAGAGAGUAUGAACAAUAAAGAGUUGACGAAAUCCAAGUCAUUCCCUAUACAUACUUGUGUUGUGGGAAGAGAUAUACUCCGUGUAGGGGAGGCGAAGAACAUAAUAAACACAACGAACAUACAAUCACGACUAGAUACCACACCGUUGUUUUCUACAUUUCUCUCCAGUGGUGUUGACAGCAAUGAGAUGGGAAGGAUCACUGGAGGAGAAGCCGUGUUAAAGCAAGAAGAACAAGAAGAAGAAGAAUUUCAGAAGAAUAAAAAGAAUAAUAAUCAUAAUAAUAAUAAUAAUAAUAAGCAUCAAUAUGGAGAUGUUAAUAACGUACAGAAAAGAAAAACCGUCGAUUGUAAAUGUGGACGACAUGUUCCACUUGUAUCUUUUUGUAAUGAAGCCAUUAUUGAGGCUUUUAAUCUUCAAAAACAACGUCAAGAACAGGAAAAACAGCAAAAGUGGCAGGCUAACUCUUCUUGUUCUUCAGUUCCUUCAUUACAGAGUGAACUCUUGGGUGGAAUAAAUGCUAAUAUCCUCUGCAGUAGAGGACCUCAUAUGAAAGAAAUGCCUGUUACCGAUAUGAUGAUACCAUCAACUAUUUACCAUGAUCGUUUAGAAGUGAAUGAAGAGAUAUUGGAAUGUACAAAUAGUAUACUUUGCAAGAAUAAUACGAGUAAGAACCGCGGCAAAGAUGGUAGUAGUAAUAGUAGUAGUAGUGCUAGUGGCUUUCUUCCAAACUUUAUUCAUCGUCUUGUGGUUAAGAAUGAGUUUCCUCUAAAAAGUCAUUCCGCUCGUCAGUUUUCAAAAAUUGCACGAGGUGAUAUAUUUCCUUCAGAAGAGAUGUUAAAUAAUGCCAAUGUACUUCGACGACGCCUGCGUGAACCCGUCAGUGUUUGGCUGUAUGAUUUGGAACCACAACAGUUAUUCUCUUCAGGUGAAUCUUCUGCAUCCAUGUUUACAUCAUCAUCCACUGUUUCUGGUAUGUGCAGCCACAGAGGACAUCCAUGCUCUUUAUUUAUCACAGAAGCCGAUAUUAUUUUGGUGAGUGCUUUUGGUGAUGUGCGGAGACGGCAACACAUGAGAUCUCAUGAUCAUGUAAAUAGCCGUAGAGGUGUAUUCCGAAGUAGUACAAGUGCAGUCUUUCCUCACCUUACGCCUGCUGCUGGUGCGGCUGGUAGUAGUAGUAGUCUUGGUAAAAGUAACGCGAGAAGUAGUAGUGGUGGUUAUAGUAAUAAAAGUCCCAGUAGUGAUAAUAGUAGUACUAGUAGUACUAGUAGAAGUAAUAGUAGUAGUAGUAGUAAUAGUAGUGGUAGAAGAAGUAGUAGAAGUUCCAGUAGUGGCAGUAAUAAUAAUAAUAAUAAUAAAAGAAGAAGAAGAAGAAGCAGAAAAAGAAAAAGUAAUAAUGGUAUGAACAGUAGUGCUGUUAAGAGUAACGACAGUGAAGACAGUGGGGACAGUAGCUCUAGUGAGAGUCCAAGUAAAGUACGACACGUACUUGUGAUUCCCCGAGUUUCAUUAAUGGAAAUACAACCGUAUGUGAAACCCGUUGAUGGCAUUGCAACUAUAUUGCGAUUGCAAACUCGUUCCUGUCGUCGUUUAUGGCUGGUCUUUCAACAGGAAUCCACAUUCCGUGCGGUGGAGAGUGAACUCAUGAGUGGAAUAAAGUCUUUUUAUGGAAAUCGUUUCUUAGCAAGUGCACAGCGGCCGUGGCGAAUGACAGCACUCACACUCGUCGCUGCAGAUGUGCUGCCAACACCACACACACCUUUUUAUCAACAAGUGUUGAAAAAUCUUCUCGUGGCUUUUGCAGAUGUGGAGGCUCGCCGUAAACAACAACAACAACAACAACAACAACAACAAUCAAAAGAAGAAGAAAAAGAAAAAGAGAAAGAGAAAGAAAGAGAAGAAGAGGGGAAUGAUUGGUGGUUGUAUUCCGCUGCGGAGGAGUAUGAACGUCAAGGCAUUCCUGCCCGACAGUGGCGACUCUCCGAUGCCAAUCGCGAACACACGCAGUUCCCCACUUAUCCAUCACAGUUUGUUGUGCCUAAUGCGAUGAGUGAUGAGAUUUUAUUAAAGGCGAAGGAAUUGCGUGUGCGGAGUCGUGUGGAGGCACUUUCAUUUUAUUAUGCCCCUACAGGUGCUGGAAUUGUGCGGACAGCUCAACCAACUACCACGUAUACAUUUCUUUCACGUUCAUUAGAAAUUAAUACAAUAGAUGCCUAUCGCCGUGCUGCUGGUAUGCGAUUACGUUUACUUGAUUUACGUAGUCGAAUGAAUGCCUAUGGUAAUACCCUUUGCGGUGGUGGAUUUACCUUUCGUGGAGAAGGUCGAUUCUGUUCAUUAGUGAAUAUACAUGAUGUGCGGUCUGCGUAUAAUGCCCUCUGUGCGGAAGUACUAGACAGUAAUCCAACAUUCCCUACAGUAUUACGCACCUUUGCAGCGAUUACCGCCAUCACACGUAAAGGGCAUAGUAGUAGUAGUAGUAGUAGUAGUAAUAGUAAUCCAUCUGUACAAAGCACAACUGUUGCCGGAUUGCCUUCUCUCACAUUACAGCAGCCACAACUACAACAAUCCUUUAAAGCUGCAACAACGUGGAUGGAUUAUAUUUAUGCACUUCUUCAAACUGCAGGAGAUGCGGCACGACAUGUGGCUGGUGUUUCGGAUGAAGAGGCACUUCCCCCUGCAGUGAAGGGAUCUGCAGAAACAACAAAUACAACAACUACAACUACUACUAAUAAUAAUAAUAAGAUAACAAAUGCAAUGUCGGUGGUUGGAGGUGAUCGUAUUUCUCAUGGAUCCUCUACGAUGUAUUUAUGGAUGCGGGCAUUUAGAGCUAUACUCUUUGGAGGUGGAAAGAAGAGAAAUAAUGGUGGGGAAUCUCUCUUACCGUAUAGACCACCAUCCUAUGCACCUAUACAGAGUCGCAAGAGAGCACAAUUGGUGAUGGUAAACUGUUCAGAUGGAUGGGAUCGCACACCGCAGGUGUGUGCCCUCACACAAUUACUGUUAGAUCCAUACUUCCGCACUGUGGAAGGAUUUAUUACACUUCUUGAGAAGGAGUUUGUUGCGUUUGGGCAUCCGUAUAUCACUCGCUCCUCUACUCUGCAUGGACACAGUGAUGUGGAUCGCAGCAAUAAUUAUUAUAAUAAUCAUAAUCAACACAAUAAUCAUAAUCAUAACAGUAAUAACAAUAAGAGUAAUAAUAAUAAUAAUAAUAAUAAUAAUAAUAAUAAUAAUAAUAACGGCAGCAGCAGCAGCAGCGGUGAGUUACCUGAAGGAGCCGGUGAUGAUUCUACAGCAGUAAAUGCGAGUGAGAACAAGAAGAGUGCACCUAUUUUACUGCAGUUUAUAGAUGCCGUUCGACAGUUACGUCAAAUGUACCCCCAUUGUUUUGAGUUUACAGAGGCAUUCCUCUUAUUAUUGAUUGAUGUAAUGCAUGCUGGUCUGGUUGGAACGUUUGCGGUAAACUGUGAGAGUGAUGUUCGGCAUUGGGAGAUGGAGCAGCGGACACUUUCACUCAGUCAAUUCUUCGCUGUACUCUUCGCCACAACCAUUCAAACAACGUCAACAACAACAACAAGAGAAAGCGAAAGAGAGGAAGAAGAAGAAGAAGAAAGAGGAAUUAUAGGAGCAGAUCUCAGUACAACUGGGGUACAUAGUUCUAGUGUGACGAGUAGUCAUAUUAAUGAUCGCCAUCACAAUGUGGAUGGGAGUGGUGGGGAUGUUCUUCUUAACAAUGAGAAUGAAGAUGGUGCUGAGGAUAAUCAUAAUAAUGUUAAUAUUAAUGUUAAUAAUAUUAAUAAUAAUAAUUUUGGUUGUAGUACUAGUACUACUACGGAUGUUGGUAUUGAUAUAAAUCAUCAUGAGCAUCAAAAUGAGAGGUAUGAAAACAAGAAAGAUAAAGAUAUGAUAAAAAACACUUUGGAGAAGAAUGGAUCUGCUGGUCCUUCCCCAUUUAUUCCAUUACGAUGUUUUUAUCAAUCCUGUGGUGGUGGAUCCUCUCUAUGUGAGGUUGGAUGGUGUUCAUCUCAUUCAACAACUCUAUCAAAUAAUAAUAAUAAUAAUAAUAAUAAUAAUAAUAAUAAACCACGCCGUCUACACAUCUCACGAGAUGCCUUACUACACUCUGGUCUAAUUAACCCAUACUUCUCAUUGGAGGAUAAUAAACAUGUGAUUGGGCCUCUGCUGGAUACUAUACGAUCUACACAUCUCACUCCAUGGGAAGGGUUCUUUCUACGGUAUAAUUACUGGUCGGAGUGGCGAACAAAACUACGGUCUUUUAGUGAGUGUAGUCCACAUACAUUUCAUGCAGCCGCUGUGUGUUCAGUGGAUAUGAAUAGCGCAGACUCUUCAAUCUCUAUUCCACAUUCCACAGAACUUCAACAACAACAACAACAACAAGAAGAAGAAGAACAACAACAACAACAAGAGGCAUAUCCUUCAUAUCAACAGAAGUGUCAACCAUCGAUGGAAAGACGACCGCACUCCACUCCCAGUGUAGUUCUCACAGAGUCCUUGAAUGCCUCUCUCUCGGAUCCACGCAUAUCUAUUCCAGUUACUCCUCCACGUGGAACUUUGAUUGGCUGUGGUAAUAGUAAUAGUAAUAUGAAUAAUAUGAAUAGUAUUAAUAGUAAUAACGCACACACAAUGACAACAACAGCAGCAGUAACAGGUAUACUUUAUGCAGGAAGAGUGGGAAAUAGUGGACGAUUGGCCCCACGCACACUUCCACGUGCGGCCUCAUACGCAGCGAUGUCAGGAUUUCAAUCUUCUUCACAGUCAACACCACAAAAACAGCAAGAACCACAACAACCACAACAACAGACAAACCCUCCUGUACGGCAAACAUCACGAGGAAGAGGCUACGGCACUUUGCUUGACGAACUUGAUCAAGCUUUCACGGAAUAA